AUGGGCUAUGAAACGGACUUUGAGGGAGAGCUGAACAUUCGACCUCGCCUGGCCGAUGAGUUUGUUGCGCGCUUCAACGACGUGGCCUCGCGUCGCAACAACGUCUAUGGCGACGGCGACGAGGGCUCUUUCGACCACCUCGUCUUUGGGAAACGAGGCACCGCAGCGGGAGCUCGAGUCCAAGAGAGAUACGAUAACCCGGCCUGGACUGGUGUACCAUCGUGCUGGAAUGCUUGGCAGCUCAAAAACGAGCCUGGCAAGACAUGCACAAUCCUGCACUGGGAGGGAAACUCCAAGUUCUACAACUACGUCCAGUGGCUGCAGUUUGUGGUGGACUACAUCAUCAGGGAGAACCAGGCGCUGGCGCCUCUUCUCAACUUUCAGGGCGCCAUCACAUGGAAUCAGGACAGGACUGACUGCGACGACAAAGGAGUCCUCACGCUCAAGCGUGUGCAAGAGAAAUGGAAGGUGGUCGCCACCGUGGAGACACCCUACACCGUUCUUCUGCCCAUGCAAAAAUCCGCGCGCGAAUUCAGAGAAGUUUGGUCACCUUUCUAUCGCGGCGGCUACUGCCCUGUGCUUCUCCCUGGCCCGCGCAAGGAGGGGAUGGUGGAAUCUAAGCGAGAUGCGGUGCACGCCGACGACCCCUGCGAGAAGCCCGAGUGCAGGCUGACCGACCAGGGCGGGCAGCUCGAGGUCUUCGUCCAGCCGCGUCUGCCGUCGCUGUUGCAUCUCUGCCUGUCCGUGGCCGCCACCAACCUCGCUCGGUCUGCCGAACCAGCCGCUCAACCUUUAGAAUCACUGCCGGAAGAACUGCAGAGGGAGCUGAGGAGGGGCGGUCGCCACUGCAGCGGCUGCGGGCGCCUGUUCUGGGGCGCGGCCGGUGCCAACGUCUUUGUGCUGUUGUCGAUCAUGUUUGACGGGCUGCCCAUGCUGGGGCGCUACUGCUCAGUGCACUGUUGGCGCGAGGAGGUCACCGACGCCCGGGCGAGGAUCGAUGCUGUACGGACAACCGGAGAUGACGACGAUGACGAUUCCGAUCAAUCAGAAGAGUAA